AUAAGACUCAUACAGAAUUCUCGCAGUUCACUUGGACAAGCACUGAUAGUCGGUUGUUUUGUUCAAGCGCCUUCAAAAUUAAUUACACUAUUUACACAACGAAUAAAACUUGGAAAAUGGUUCUUCCGUUGUCGUUGGUGUCGGCGUCGUUGUCGGCGGUUGUUUUUCUGCUCUUCGUUGGCUACGCAAUGUCUGUGAGCCUUAGUAUCGACCUUCGCCGGGAAUGUAAUGUCAAUAGAACCAGUUGUACGCUCUCUGGCUUCAGUGAAGACAUAGACAUUGUGAGUGACUUGAAGAAAGACCUUCCUUUCACCGAAGUGGUUUUCAAACAUACCCGACUGCAAUGGAUUCCAUUAACGUUAUUUUCGAAUGUUCCCAAGCUUAAGCGUCUAGUGGUGUAUAAUUGCGGUUUACGGAGCCUCCAACAGAUAACCUUUUCGUCGGCGAUCAACUUGCGAUUUCUAUUUCUGCCCAGUAAUCGUUUGACAGAGUUGCCGGAGAAGAUUUUUGUUAGUCUGAGUUCGAUUGAAGACGUGCGUUUGGCCGACAAUCAUAUAUCCCAUAUUCACCCCAAAGCUUUUUGGGGUCUAAAAGCAAUACGCCACUUAGAUCUCAACACCAAUAAAAUUCACGAACUAGCGUCGAGAGUUUUUGAAAAUCUCACCACUCUGGAGUACAUCGAUCUGAGCUACAAUUUCAUUGAAAGUUUCGGAAGUGAGGUAUUCUCCAAGAUUCCACAACUAAAAACUGUCCUCCUGAAUAACAACAACAUAAUAACCUUCGAAAGCAACAGCUUCGCUAACUUUCCACAUCUAACUAUGCUUGACGUUUCCAAUAAUGCAAUCACUUCCAUUGAUCUUCAAUCUGUGGAUACAUUCCGUGCCCAGAACUCGCAAUUGCAGCGCUGUGUCAUCACCGGCAGCGUUAUCAGGGCACGAGUCAGCAGCAACCAGCUAAAGAGCAUCAUCAUAAGCGAUAAGGGUUCAGUAAAGGAAAUCGACGUACAUAAUAAUCUCUUCGAAACGCUGUCCGAUUUCCAGGGAAUGCUGAAUUUACAAAAGCUUGACAUUUCGAAGAAUGUGCUUCGAACUUUGAGCGGCACCAAUACCACACUGUUGUUGGACUUGCCGAGCUUGCAGUACUUGAAUGUUGCCAAUGGACAGUUGGAAUCACUUUCAGUGGAGAACUUUAUUCUUCUUAAUAAGUUAACUCAUCUGGACUUGGCUCACAAUGAUCUGCAAAAUUUAGACGCACGAGUUUUUGAACCCUUGGUGGGCUUAGAGAAGUUGUACUUGGAAGAGAACCACUUGCAUUCUUUUGACUACGAGGCGUUUCUUCGAGCACAAGUCAAUGUUAAGGAAAUGGGAAUAUUGGGCAAUGAAUGGUCCAAAGUGUUGCUAAAGAAGAUGUCAGAAGAUCUUACGGUAAAUGGCAUAAAGCUUGUUAUUCGUAAUCAAAAUGAAGCUGGUGAAUUAUUAUCGCACCAAACAACCACUCAUCCUCAUCAUACCAUUCAUGCGAAGACUUUGGAACAUGAAACGGAUUAUGUGGCAGCUCGUAUGCAUCAAGACGUAAGCUAUCGUGAUGUAAUGAUUGUUGUGACAUUGUGCAUUGUUUUUGUUAUACUGGUGUUGCAAGUUGCAAGAAUUUUCAAAGAAGAGAACUGGUGGUCGCUGUUUCGACAAGGUGUUCAAAGAGAUGUUACUUCGACGCGUCUCAACGAAGAAGAAUCGGGACCAUUUUAAGAAUUGUGAUAAUUGUAGUGAUGAUACGGAAAGUAGAUAUUAAAUUUGUUUUUGGAAAGUU